AUGAGUGAUGAUCACUCGUUCGGUGAGCCGUUAACUCCGUACUCGCUCAUACAGCUCGCUGGCUUCGUCCUACUCGUCUAUGGUGUGCUUGUCUACGACAAUAUCGUGCGUCUCCCGUUCGGCCUGGCUGGCACUGAGAAGGUUAAUCCGUCUCGGGCUCCCAUGUCGAUGUCGAUGUCUGCUGGUACUCCUCUCGAGCGAAAGCCAUUCGUUAUGGACGACUCAGCCAACUCAAUUUUAUCGUCUAUGUCGAAUAGUGCUCGUCCUCGUCGUGUUACCGUGAAGACUGAUGUUCAUGAGCCGUUACUCAAUAAUGCUGAUACACGGGUGUAA